GUCUCUUAAAAUCUGAGUAAUACGGAGUAUUUGAUUCGAGGAAGCAGGAAAGAAAAUGGGAUUCCCGGCUAACCCGUUAUCUCUUAGCGUACCCGAACCCGAAUUCGAGAACUGGCUUCGAGACAGUGGCUAUCUUGAAGUUCUCGACCAACGAACCUCCGACCUCCACCGCCUGUCCUCCACCGCUUCCACCGCCACGACACCCUCUUCGUCUGAAACCGCUUCGACUACAACCCCUUGCCCAAUCGGCAGCGGAUUUUUUUUACCAUUCUUUUCAUUCGUCAGAACUCUGCUCUCUCUACUCACACUCAAUCCCUUCUCCAAGCUCACCUCCGACGACUUUUCCGGAGAGACCCCUUGCUGGACGAUUAAUUUCUUCGGGUCGUGUGAGUCCUAUUCGUUUCCCUCGUCGCCAGCCCAGGCUCGCCUCAGGGUCCACGAGAAUGUCAAGCGUUAUGCCCGCAAUUAUGCUUCACUCUUCGUUGUAUUCUUCGCUUGCUCUCUGUACCAAAUGCCUCUUGCCCUUGUUGGUUUGCUAUCGUGCAUAGCCCUCUGGGAUUUGUUUAAGUACUUUGGUGAUAAGCAUGGAUUAGAACAGCACCCAAUAAUUAAGCCGAUCUUGAUUGGGAUUGCCCAAUGUAUAUUUCUCAAAGCAACCCCAAAUCACAACACUGAUGGAGUUACGCUGUUGCAGCAAGUGUGGUUAUUUUACUCUUCGCCAAUGUCCAAAUUGCUCUCUUGUGUGCUCUUGGUGUUGGUUAUGCAGUCUUGAUUUUGCACGCUUCCUUCAGGAAGCUGACCCCUUCAAAGCGGCCAACUCAAAGGGAUGGAACUAAAAGAUCAUUUUAAAUUGAUUUCUGAUCAGCAAUUGUAGCAAUGCUAGUAGAAGAAAAGGAUCAUCUGUAGUAGGAUCUUGAAGCUUACCAUCAAUUCCAGGACGGUAAAGCAAAUUUGUUGUACUACUAACAAUCUGGCGUAAUAAAUAACUGUUACUAAGUAAUUUCUAUUUUGGGGAAUUGUGAUUUCCAGUGAACGAACCAUUCCUCUUUUAUGCAAAAAUUUAGUUCUACUGCGUAUUGAAAUUCAAAAGUAGAAGCUAUCUUUGUUGAAGUCACCCUUAUUGCAGCUUCUUGGACGAUGAAUGAAUAUCAUCACAUUUCAAUCAUUAUCUUAAAGUUGCAUGAAUCAUACUUGAUCUAAACAUGUAUGAAAUGUAAGAACACAUAUCA